AUGGCUCCCACAGCGGCGACAGACACCAAUUGGUCUGUCAACUACGAUACCCUGAAGCGGGAGAAGCUCUUCAGGAACCCUCCCACCGACCAUACCGCAUACCCAGCGUUGGCCGCCUCCAUCCGGCCGCACGUCGAUUCUUUCAAUGCGCUCUUCGACGGUCCCAAGACCCUGGAAGAGGCCCUGAAGGACAUUGGCACCAAGACUUUCCUCGACGGCGAUGCUGAAACACCCGAACAGAAGAAGGCUCGCAUUGCGGAGGGCCGCAAGGCUCCGAGACGCAACCGGCUCAACGUUCGGAUCAGUGAAGUUUUUCUCGAGAAGCCCGCACUGCCCCCUACCAACAAGUUCGCGACUCGCAACCGCAAUAUCUAUCCCUCGGAAUGCCGUGAGAGACACGCGACGUAUCGCGGGAAGCUGCGCGCUCGCAUCGAGUGGCAGGUCAACAAUGGCGAUUGGAUGGAGUCGGUCCGAGAAUUGGGCCAGGUCCCCAUUAUGCUGAGGACCAACCGGUGCCAUCUCGAGAAGGCGACCCCUCAUGAACUCGUCGAGCACAAGGAAGAAUCGGAGGAGCUGGGUGGUUAUUUCAUUGUCAACGGAAACGAGAAGCUCAUUCGAAUGCUGGUGGUCGGAAAGCGAAACUACCCCAUGGCGAUCAUCCGUGGUUCCUUCGUCAAGCGUGGCCACACAUACACCAAAUACGGUAUCCAGAUCCGGUCCGUAAGGCCAGAUCAGACAUCGCAAACGAACUCUCUACACUACUUGACCGACGGCAACCUGACCUUCCGUUUCUCCUGGAGAAAGAACGAGUACCUCAUCCCGGUGAUGAUGAUCCUCAAGGCCUUGGUAGAGACGAACGAUCGCGAGAUCUUCGAGGGAAUCGUGGGCGGCGCCUCGUCUGAGGGCAUCAAGAACACAUUCAUCACGGAUCGUGUGGAGUUGCUGCUUCGGACAUACAAGGCAUACAACAAGCACAGCCGCUCGGCCUGCCGAUCAUAUCUCGGAGAGAAGUUCAAACCUGUUCUUGGAGUCGCGGCCGACAUGUCCAACGAAGAUGCUGGUACCGAGUUCCUCCGCAAAGUUGUCCUCCCCCACCUGGGCUGCCACAACGUCACCGAAACCCAGGAUUACGACAAGUUCAAGAUGAUCCUGUUCAUGAUUCGAAAGCUCUAUGCAUUGGUUGCCGGAGAUUGCGCUCCGGACAAUCCGGAUGCGGUCUCCAACCAAGAAAUCCUUCUUGGUGGUUUCCUCUACGGAAUGCUUCUCAAGGAAAGGCUCGAGGAAUGGGUGAGGUCUUUCAGCCCAAUUCUCAGGGACUGGUCCAACCGCAACAGCGGAGCCAAGUUCACCGAUUCCGCAUUCGAGAGGGACUUCCUCAGCAAGGUUGUGAAGCGGUCCAACGAGAACAUCGGAGGAGCUCUUGAAUAUUUCCUUUCCACCGGUAACCUGGUCAGUCCCACUGGUCUUGAUUUACAGCAGGCAUCCGGUUACACUGUCAUGGCAGAAAAGAUCAACUUCUACCGGUUCAUCAGUCACUUCCGCAUGAUUCACAGAGGUAGCUUCUUCGCACAGCUCAAGACCACCACGGUCCGUAAGCUGUUGCCUGAGAGUUGGGGUUUCUUCUGCCCUGUACACACUCCUGAUGGAGCUCCUUGUGGUCUGCUUAACCAUCUUGCGCACAAGUGCUUGAUCGCCACUAGUGACGUUGAUGUAUCAAAGAUUCCCAAGGUACUGGUGCAGUUGGGUGUUCGUUCUGAGUCGUCUGUUUCUGUGGAGGAGAGCGUGACUGUCCAGCUGGACGGACGCGUUAUUGGAUACUGCUCCCCCAAGCAGGCCGGCGCAAUUGCCAACACGCUAAGACGCUGGAAGGUGGCAGGAGACGACCGUAUCCCUCUCGAGCUGGAGAUCGGCUACGUCCCCAACUCCAAUGGCGGUCAGUAUCCUGGUAUCUACAUGUUCUCGCAAGCCGCCAGAAUGUUCAGACCCGUCAAGUACCUGCCCCUGGGCAAGCUCGACUACGUCGGCCCAUUCGAGCAGCCCUUCAUGGAGAUUGCCUGCAUGCCCAACGAUCUUAUCUCGGGUGUCUCCACUCACAUCGAGUUCACUCCCACGAACAUGUUCUCCAUUGUCGCCAAUAUGACGCCAUUCUCCGAUCAGAACCAAUCCCCUCGUAACAUGUACCAGUGUCAGAUGAGCAAACAGACAAUGGGUACGCCUGGUACUGCGAUCGAUUACCGCACCGACAACAAGCUGUAUCGGUUGCAGACAGGUCAGACCCCGAUCGUGCGGUCGCCGCUCUACAACGCCUACGGUCUGGACAACUUCCCCAACGGUACGAACGCUAUUGUUGCUAUUAUCUCCUACACCGGUUACGACAUGGACGACGCUAUGAUCAUCAACAAAUCCUCUCACGAACGUGGUUUCGGUCACGGUACGAUCUACAAGACCAAGGUCCAUGGCCUUGACGACAACGACUCCCGCCGGGGCAAGUCUCGCCGUGAGAUCACCAAGCUCUUCGGUUUUGCCCCCGGUGACCAGAUCAAGGCCGAGUGGCGUGCCACCCUCGAUGAAGACGGUCUGCCUCACAUUGGCGCCCGAGUCAAGGAAGGCAGCUAUGUUGCGGCGUGGCACAACGUGCGGUAUGACGCCGCCAGCGACUCGUACGUGAACGUGGAUGGCGUCACCCACUUCGUGAAGUACAAGGACGCGGAAGAAGGAUACAUCGACAGCCUGCGCAUCCUGGGAGCCGAAUCCGGUGUCGAGCCCUGCCAAUCGAUCAGCGUCAAGUACCGCAUUCCCCGUAAGCCGAUCAUCGGUGACAAGUUCUCCUCUCGUCACGGACAGAAGGGUGUUUGCUCGCAGCUCUGGCCCGCGGUGGACAUGCCCUUCUCCGAAAGUGGCAUCCAGCCCGACCUGAUCAUCAACCCUCACGCUUUCCCUUCCCGUAUGACAAUCGCCCAGAUGGUCGAAUCCAUGGCCGGUAAGGCCGGUGCCCUCCACGGCCACCCGCAAGACUGCACGCCGUUCCAGUUCUCCGAGGAGAACACGGCGGUGGACUACUUCGGGCAGCAGCUCCGCAAGGCCGGAUACAACUACUUCGGCAACGAGCCCCUGUACAGCGGGAUCACGGGCAAGGAGUUCGCGGCGGACAUCUUCAUCGGCGUGGUCCACUACCAGCGUCUGCGUCACAUGGUCAACGACAAGUUCCAGGUCCGCACCACGGGCCCCGUCAACAACCUGACCGGCCAGCCCGUCAAGGGCCGUGCCAAGGGCGGUGGUAUCCGUGUCGGCGAGAUGGAGCGCGACUCGCUGAUCGCCCACGGCGCCGCCUUCCUCCUGCAGGACCGUCUCAUGAACUGCUCCGACUCCACCCGCUCCUGGAUCUGCCGCGACUGCGGCUCCUUCCUCUCCACCCAGGUCGUCGCCUCCGCCGCCGGCUCCAGCAAGGCCCGCAUCGCCGCCGCCAAGGCCGCUUCCUCCCAGUCCGCCAGCAGCAACAAAGACCACCACGGCCCCAGCGGCCUGUCCGGCCUCGUCCGCUGCCGUCGCUGCGCCCGCGAGGCCGUCUUCGAUGACUCCCGCGCCGUCGUCUGGGAGGACGGGGACGGCCGUCGCUACGUCGGCGGCGAUAACGUCACCGUCGUCGCCGUGCCGGGUGUGCUGCGGUACCUGGACGUCGAACUCGCUGCCAUGGGUAUCCGGAUGAAAUUCCGGGUGGAUAACUAG